GCAAUUCUCAUUCCUGGUUUUUUUUUUUCAGAAUGAAGGCUUUCCUUGCCAUUGCCGUCCUCGCCCUCGUGCUUGGCGUCGCCUCUGCUGCCCCCAACCACAAGCUGACCCGCAAGGUCCAGUCACCCGAUGCCAACCUCUGCCCCGUUUGCGUCGAGUUUGCUGGCGAUGCUCUGAACGAACUGAUCAACAUUGUCUUGAACGUCGGCGUUAUUGGCAGCUGCGGCGAGGUCUGCGGCCUGCUCACCAACCGCACCCACAGCCGCGCUGAGGGCCUCGUCUGCGACCUGCUCUGCGACUACGUUGGCAUCACCGAAUUCAUCAAGGCCAUCGAGAAGGCCGACCUCGACCCCAUCUACUACUGCGAGCUCCUCAACACUUGCGCCAUCAACGACAACGGCGAUGCCACCAUCCGCUCGUUCACCACCUCCCCCGUCUCGGGCCCCCAGGGCACCACCUUCACCUUCGAUCUUGACUGGUCCACCAUCAACGGCACCGGCACUGGCGAGAUUAUCCUUGUUGUCCAGACUGUUGACGGUCUCCAGCUCGGCGACUCGUCCCUUCUUGAGGCCACCGCCCCCGGCGAGUACGUUAAGCGCUGGCAAGUCGAUGCCAAGCCCGACCCCGACUGCGACCCCACCCAGGACGAGUGCGAGGAGUGGCUCCCCGGCCAGUACAUUGUCCAGAUGGCCAUCUGCAACGGCGAGUGCGGCAGCAAGCACCCCCACUCGAUGGUCUUUGCCCAGGCCCAGUCUUCCUUCACCCUCGUCUAAGCUUUUGUGAUUGGAGGGGCGUGCCUGUCCACCUGUUGAUUGGGGCGUACGCGUCUCUUUCUCUGUCGAGCCAAACAAAUUAAAGCGGGGCUUGGUCGCAACGCGAUUUUUGCGUUUCUAGUUUUUGAUUUGUUUUUGGGUUUUCUGGAGAUGCCGUGCGCUCCUGUCUUGUUGUGCUGCUGCACCCCCCUGUGAUCCAAAUUGAACGAGUUGAUUGCAAGGACCCCCCCCCCCUGUGUGUUUUUAAUAACUUUGCCAGCACAA